UAGUGUAGGUGCACCAAAAGAUGGAACCCAACUUGCCCACAAAAGUCGUUUUGAGCCGUUUGAAAUCAGGGCCCAUCCCACAUCCUCCAACCUUUUCUUCCAUCACUUGUCAAUAGUGUUGUUUACUUUCACUAGUACGGCUGCAUUAAUUUUGAAAUUUAUUGAGACGUUUGAAAAAUCUCUUUUUGACUCUCUCUGUCUCCGUCUGCCACUAACUGUCUGUAGUUUUAUUUACUGUGUUUUUCUUGAAACUAGAAGAGGUGGCUGGGUCCUCUAUCAAUAUCUUAUUGUUGGGGUCUUCAAGAUACUUUUACCCCUCUUCCUUCUUUGAUACUCUCCUUUUUCCUUUUUUUGAACUUGAAAAGAGCUUUACAUACACUAGUGCUUCGAAUCUGCAAACUUUGAGAAAGAUGAGUGCUUCAAAGUUCAUCAAAUGUGUAACUGUAGGCGAUGGUGCUGUUGGCAAGACCUGCAUGCUCAUUUGUUACACUAGUAACAAGUUCCCUACUGACUAUGUUCCAACUGUGUUUGACAAUUUCAGUGCCAAUGUAGCCGUGGAUGGGAGCAUUGUCAAUUUGGGUUUGUGGGAUACUGCAGGUCAAGAGGAUUAUAGCAGGCUGAGACCACUGAGCUACAGGGGUGCAGACAUUUUUGUAUUAGCUUUCUCUUUAAUCAGCAGGCCAAGCUAUGAAAAUGUUCUUAAAAAGUGGAUGCCUGAACUUCGUCGUUUCGCACCCAAUGUCCCGAUUGUGCUUGUUGGAACUAAAUUAGAUAUUCGAGAAGAUAAUCACUAUCUAGAAGAUCAUUUGGGCUCAAAUAUUAUAACACCUGCCCAAGGUGAAGAGCUAAGGAAACAAAUUGGUGCAGCAGCUUAUAUAGAGUGCAGCUCUAAAACUCAACAGAAUGUGAAAGCUGUUUUUGACACUGCAAUCAAGGUUGUGCUUCAGCCUCCUAGGAGGAAGGAGGUGGCAAGGAAGAAAAGGCACAGAAGCACUGGUUGUUCAAUUGUCAGGGGGAUCGUCUGUGGAGGCUACGUUGCUUAGGAAAGUUUAGGAUUUGACAUUCGUGAUAUGUAUCCUUUCCAACUUGUACUGACUCAAGCUCUUCCCAAUUGUUUUUUUUUGCGGUACUAAGCGAAAGCAGGAGCUUUGCAGUAUUAUGAUAUAGCUGACGAAUAUUGUAUUGUAUUACCUGUUUUCUACCACAAACUAUUCAUGGAUAAGCAGAGGGAAUUGUUGAUUUCCUCAGGUUAUGUAUUUUGAAUGUGUUAGUCUCGUGGAUACAUUGCUAACUUGGUAAAAGGAAUAUUAUCCCCAAA